AUGCUAACAUCUCAAUUUGCCGUUUAUCCAACUCUCCGCAAAAGAAUUGUGAUCAUCUCAGGCGGCGCAACCGGUAUCGGUGGCGCAAUGGUUGAAGCAUUUGCCAAUCAGGGUGCCCAGGUCGUCAUACUCGACAUCCUUACGAAAGCCGCGUGUCAGCUUAUCGAGAAACUCGAAAAGGCUGGUGUCACCUACCCACCUAUCUUCAUGCAUUGUGACGUGACAGACAUUGAGGGCGAUGUUAAGUCCGUUUCUGCCUCGCUUUUGGAACUCUACCCUCAAAUUGAUGUCCUCAUUAACAAUGCCGCCAACGAUAAACGCCAGAAAUCGGGCGAUAUUACGUUGGAUUUGUGGGAGAAAGGUCUCGCUACCAAUCUCCGCCAUCAUUUUUUUAUCACCCAGGCACUCCUGCCAGCUUUCAGCGAGACUUCCUCGGUCAUCAACAUGGGCAGUGUUGCUUGGGCUACUCCUCUGACCGAUAUGGCACCAUAUGUUGUCAGCAAGUCCGCCAUUGUUGGACUCACAAAAACAUUAGCCCAUGAGCUCGGUCUGAGGGGUAUUCGGGUCAACAGUAUCAUGCCAGGAGCAAUUGCGACAGAGAGACAAAAAAGAGAUAUAAUUACCCCAGAGUACGAAAAGAGCUUGCUGGAACGUCAGGCCCUUAAAAGGAUUCUGAAGCCGUCUGAUGUUUCAAACCUCGCAUUGUGGCUUUCUGCUGCGGAUGGCUCUGGCAUGACUGGACAGAGCAUUGUUAUUGAUGGAGGGUGGCUAUAA